GCUUCCCAGUCGGUAUUUCUGGAUUUGCUCAAGGGACGAGAAGAGAUGUCGGAGCGGAAGGCCGUGAUCAAGAACGCCGACAUGCACGAAGACAUGCAGCAGGACGCGGUCGACUGCGCGUCGCAGGCCCUCGAGAAGUACAACAUCGAGAAGGACAUUGCUGCCUUCAUCAAGAAGGAGUUUGACAAGAAGUACAACCCGACGUGGCACUGCAUCGUCGGCCGCAACUUUGGCUCUUACGUCACGCACGAGACGAAGCACUUUAUUUACUUCUACUUGGGCCAGGUCGCGAUCCUCCUCUUCAAGUCGGGCUAAACACGUCGAUGAUAAUAUCACAUGCUGCGAAUG